AUGCCGUCUCCGCACCAUGACCGACUUUCGAUAUCUCGUUCUCAUGCCGAGUGGGUUCCGGAGGCAUUGAGGAAGACUCGCGCGAUCCCUUUCACCUUUUUAUGUUUUAUUUUUAUUGCGGCUCUUGAGGCCGUCGAUCAAAAAAUUGAGGAGAACCAAGGAAUCUCUACCCAAAAUUUAAACCUGGUUCGACUUAUAAGAUACAUACCAACAAUUUUGGCCGUUUCAAUAGGUUUCCUAUGGAAAUAUCUGGUCGGAGAUCUUAAGAAAAUAGUGCCUUGGUCGAGGAUGAGCGAAAAGUGGGCAACUGCCUCGGACUCCAUACUGCUGAACUACAUCGGUAACCUCGAACUUAUAUCGGUCUUUACAUCGGCAAAAAGAAGGCACUGGGCUAUAUUCAUGGGGCUUGUUGUCGGGUUCCUUUCCGGCGUCCUGGUCACCGCAGCCAACUCUCUGACUUACACAGACCUCUCAGCCACGGUGUCAGAAAAAGCAGAUCUGGAGAAAUCAUCUCGCUUCGAGUUCAACGGCACCCUUCUCGACACAAAUGGGACGUUACCAUUGCCAUUUGUUCAGCUGGGUCAUUACAGCCGGCCGUAUGCUGCGGUGGCUGUAGAGAAACUUACCGGAGAGCAGUAUUCACCCUGGACCAGCGAUAAUUACGCCUUUGAAUCUUUCAAUCGUGGACCCGGCUCUUCAACUGGAAAUAAAAUCAUCGAGGCUAAGGUUUCAUCUUUGGCCACCACCUGGGAAUGUCAUCAAUUGCAAUACUCCUCGAAAAGAAAGAAUUCUGGUUGGGACGAUUUUGAGUUUCGAGCAAAUCCAGGGAGUGUGGAUAAGUCAGGUUGCUCACUCCCAGUGGUCCAAAACGUUACGGAUUUUUGGCAUGAUUCGAAAGCUUGGCUUAAUCUGACCGCUUGUUCCAAAGACCAUGGAGACCUUCGACUCCUUGCAACAAUUGCAUACGACACAGAUACCAUAGACGGCGUUACACAUGAGCCACCCGUGUUUCCAGAGAGUACAAUAUCAGGAAACAAUAUCUCGAUGGCUGGACUGAUUUGUUCCCCUAAAUUCACCAUUCAAAACGCCGUGGUCCAAGCGAAUGAAAUCUCGGGAAAAGUCGUAAAUUACAUGACUGAUCUGUCAAGUGCAGAAGAUUUUGACAUCCAAACUCCUAUGGAAGCUAUCUGGGUUUACCUCAACAAUCCUACCUCAGCACGUUUCCAAGCAGCAGUACUCGACGUGGACCCCUGGACAGCAAACCCACCCAUUACCAUGGACACUAUUAAAACGGAAUUGGGUAGAUUACUCAACUAUAACGAUGAUUCAUUCUUCACAGUGUUGGCGAACGGCAUAGUUGACGAAAUGAUGAAAGGGUACUUGCGAAACUCAACUGUUUUCCAGACUGAAGUGGAAUGGCUUGCAAGCCGAACAAUGGCGCAAGUUAUAAGCGCAUUUACCAGAGUCAACGAAACCCAGCCUCUAAAAGGAUCGGUCACCACAAUCCAGCCUCGGAUCAAAGUACAACAUGUUUCACUCCGCAUCCUCCAGGCAUUUCUUGCCAUAAUUGGCAUUUCAAGUAUCCUUCAGGCCACUCUCCUCAGGCCACGGACAAUUCUUAAAGAAGACCCCGGGCCUAUUGCUGCAACGGCGCUUACACUGGCUGCUUCGGGUGCCCCUUUAGAACGGGAAUUCAUACCCCUUUCUGUAUCGGAUAAUAAAUCCAUGCAGAAACGGUUAGCUAUAACACGAUGCAAACUCGAAACAGAGCGAGUUGACCACGUUCCUGUAAUUGGACUGAGCACUGCGCCACUGCCAGCCUCACAAGCUGUUUGCUCGAAAACGGAAUCUGGUUUAGAAGACGCAUCUUCACCACAGGACCAUGCUGGUUGGUAUCCAAUUGCUCUCCGAGCCCCUGCUAAAGCUGGAAUUAUCAUCGCUUUUUUCAUAGCCAUGGCAGUAUUGGCUGUUCUGCAAGGCUUGUCAAGUAAGAACCACGGAAUAUGUAGGAACGAUGUCACUUCGUUGACAGUAGUCUCUUACAUUGUUACCUUGAUAUUGGUCUUCCUUGGUUGGACUUCCUCGGGAUUGGAUGGCGCUGUCAGGUCGGCAACACCAUACAUGAGUCUCCGAAGAGGGUCCAAGCGACAGCCACUUCUGUUCAAUUUCAGAGAUAUUCCAGCCUUGUGGGUCCCAUUCAAGGCUAUCACCAGCAAAGCUGGCCCCGCAGUCGCGGUUUCAUCCUUGGCGCUUAUCUGCUUACCGGUCAUUAAAAUUGUGGCAGCUGGGCUUUAUACAACAGCGUAUGACACCACGUCAGCAGAUAUCAGAAUAAACUUAGACAAAGGCCUUUUGAAUGACUGGAGCGACAUAUACAGGGCCACCGAUCUGGAUAGCCUCCAAGAACGGGCGGCACAGUUCACAGAAUGGAUCAACACACCCUCAUUAGGUCUUGCACAGCGACCGGGUAUUCUCGAAAACCUCGUUUUUGGCGAUAUCCAUAAGCUUGUGAACUCUGAUGCGGCUAGGGAUACGAAACCUGGCGACGAAAUCGAUCUCAUAGCUCCUGCGAUAGCCGCGGAUGUCAAAUGCACAAGCGUGGCUCCUUCCGACUUUGAUGCCCUAGCCUGCUUUGGCACCUAUUACGAAGACAGUUACACAUUCGCAUUCCGCUGCUCGAAUAACCAUUGCAACCAGACUCUGGAUUUCUCGUGGGAUAUGAACUGGUAUAUUCCCACACUCCGUGGUAAAAUGACUCCAUUCGCAUAUGAAGGAGAAAUAUUCGUCAACGACACCGACCUUUACGUAUUUUUAAGCGACUUUUCGAACGUAAAAGGGCUGAUGAUCUCAGAAUUUCCACAGGAGUGCAAUGAGACUAGUGGAGCAGUCGACCCCAGAACACUCAACGUAUCCUCGCCAAGUUUGAGGGCAGUGGCAUGCCACAGGAACCUAACCCAGGUUGAUGUCAACGCAACCUUCACCCAAGUUACCAACUCCGAAAUCAACGGAUCAUCCGUGUACUCAUGGAGACCGUCACAAUUCAACCAUGCUUCCAUUAAAUAUGGAUACCAAUAUACCCUCGACGAAACCCCGUUGGAGCUCGAUUUCAGAUCUCAAACCUCGAUUCCGGAUAUAUUCAACUAUGGGAAAGCCAUAACUACUCAACAAACACCUGGGCUCCAUAGCAACUCAUUAUGGCCAUCCCCCGGAAGCAGUUUAAACUUUUUCCAGCUCCUGGCUGUAUACGCCGAAUACACCAACAAAAACAUUAGCAGUCUCCUAGACCCCGACCAGCUAGCCACUGCAGCAGAAGCCAUGUACACAGCAUACUCGACGCAAAUGCUCACGGAGUUGCGGCCUCUCUUGGGCCUUACUAUCAAGCGCUGGGGAUCCUUAGAUUAUGUAAACGGAACAAUCCUCAAACGCCGCGAAUACGUCCAGCAGGACCUGCACACGACCGUGGUGCUGGAAGCACUCCUUGCUGCCGUCCUCUGCUGCAUCCUUUGGAUCUGCUUCCGCUUCCCCAGCCGCUCCAUCCUGCCAAAGGACCCAGACAGCAUCGCGGCGCGGAUCUCGUUCCUGGCUAACAGCUCCAUGGUGCAGCGGCUACGCGAGGAGCACGCCACACGCGUGGCAGACUCGAAUAUCUGGAGGAGCGAGCGCGCCGGCCUCGGCUGGUGGCGGGUGCAGAACGCUGCCGCAGACGAGCAAGGCCAAGAGUCCGCCCAGCAGCGCGGUUGGCGGUGGGGCAUCGAUGUCGGGAAGGAGAUGGUGCAGCAGGACUGGAACCACGCUCCGUACGAGGAUGAAGACCCUCUACAUCUUGGCACCGGAAAACCCGUUCUCGCAAGCAGUGAAGGACACACUGUCCUGGCGUCCUCGCUACACGGCAAUGGCAACGGGGACGAGAGCAGCAGCAGCAGCAGUAGCAGCAAUGGUAACGGAGCCCCCAGCCCUAGCCCCUCGUGGGCGCGUUCGUAUUCCCCGAUACGUCAAACACGCUCUCUUUCGGCCUCGCCCUCGCCGCCUGUAUCCCCGAUGCAGGGCUCUUUGGAGCUGCAUUCGAUCGCGCAGUUGUCGCCCACGGAGUCGAUGGCGCGGCCGGACUCUCCUGCUUUUUCGUUGUCUGCCGCUCAGCGUCCGCGGUGA